CAAUCAUUCACAGUACCAAACAAAUAACCACCGUCUCUAUCUUUACUCCCAUCACUCUCCUUUUUUCCUGUUUUCACACCCUUUACAUUUCUUAUAUAUCCACACAAAAAAAACCUGUUAAUGGAACUGACUACUGCAAAACCCAGAAAUAUGUUGAGAUUUGUAGUGAUACUUGUUCUUUUUCUUUUGGGUUUAUGUCAUUUUUCAGUAGGGAUGACGAUGAAGAGUAAUUUCAUUAUUCACAUGGCGAAAUCACAAAUGCCAGAGGGUUUUGAAGAUCAUACUCAUUGGUAUGAUUCGUCGUUGAGAUCAGUUUCUGCUUCUGCUGAAAUGUUGUAUGUUUACAACAAUGCUGUUCAUGGUUUUGCUGCGAGGCUUACUGCUGAGGAAGCAGAGUCUUUACAGAAUCAACCUGGGAUUUUGUCGGUUUUGCCGGAGAUGAAGUAUGAACUUCAUACGACAAGGACGCCUUUGUUUUUGGGUCUUGAUGUAAGUGCUGAUUAUUUUCCGGAAUCGAAUGCCAUGGGUGAUGUGAUUGUUGGUGUGCUUGAUACUGGGGUUUGGCCUGAAAGUAAGAGUUUUGAUGAUAGUGGAUUUGGACCCAUUCCAGCUUCAUGGAAAGGUGAAUGUGAAUCUGGAACUAAUUUCACUUCCAAGAAUUGUAAUAGAAAGUUGAUUGGUGCCAGGUACUUUGCUAAAGGUUAUGAAUCUACUUUGGGUCCGAUUGAUGUAUCGAAAGAAUCGAAAUCUCCGAGGGAUGAUGAUGGACAUGGAACACAUACUUCUACUACUGCAGCUGGUUCAGUUGUUCAGGGUGCUAGUCUCCUUGGGUAUGCUUCUGGAAAUGCUCGCGGAAUGGCAACUCAUGCUAGAGUUGCUGUCUAUAAAGUUUGUUGGGUUGGUGGUUGUUUUAGCUCUGAUAUAUUAGCAGGUUUGGAUAAAGCCAUUGAUGAUAAUGUGAAUGUGCUUUCGUUAUCACUUGGUGGUGGAAAUUCAGAUUACUAUAGAGAUAGUAUCGCGAUUGGUGCCUUUGCUGCUAUGGAGAAAGGGAUUUUAGUAUCUUGCUCUGCAGGUAAUGCUGGUCCUAGUCCUUACAGUUUGUCCAAUGUAGCACCAUGGAUCACUACUGUGGGUGCAGGAACAUUAGACCGUGAUUUUCCUGCAUAUGUAAGUCUAGGCAAUGGUAAGAAUUUCUCCGGUGUUUCACUCUAUAAAGGGGAUUCAUCACUAAGCAAAAUGCUUCCCUUUGUGUAUGCUGGUAAUGCUAGUAAUAUGACAAAUGGAAAUCUUUGCAUGACGGGUACCUUAAUUCCUGAGGAAGUUAAAGGAAAAAUUGUUCUAUGUGACCGUGGGAUAAAUCCCAGGGUCCAAAAGGGUUCUGUGGUAAAAGCAGCUGGUGGAGCUGGUAUGGUCUUGGCUAAUACCGCUGCAAAUGGGGAUGAGCUAAUUGCUGAUGCUCAUUUGAUUCCAGCAACGUCGGUGGGACAGACAACAGGGGAAGCAAUCAAGAAGUACUUAACCUCGGACCCUAAUCCGACAGCCACUAUUCUUUUCGAGGGAACUAAGGUGGGGAUCAAACCAUCACCAGUGGUUGCUGCAUUUAGCUCCAGAGGGCCAAACUCGAUCACACAGGAAAUUCUGAAACCAGACAUCAUAGCACCAGGUGUUAACAUUCUUGCAGGAUGGACAGGUGCAGCCGGUCCGACAGGGUUGGCCGAGGACGACAGACGUGUUGAGUUUAAUAUUAUUUCGGGUACGUCUAUGUCGUGCCCUCACGUGAGUGGUUUGGCUGCUUUGCUUAAAGGAGCGCACCCUGAUUGGAGCCCAGCAGCUAUCCGCUCAGCUCUUAUGACCACGGCGUAUACAGUGUACAAGAAAGGAGGUGCUCUCCAAGAUGUUGUGACAGGAAAGCCAUCCACGCCAUUUGAUCAUGGUGCAGGACAUGUAGAUCCUGUUGCAGCACUAAACCCCGGACUUGUUUACGACUUGAAGGCUGAUGAUUAUCUGAAUUUCCUCUGUGCAUUGAACUACACAUCAAUCCAGAUCAAUAGUGUUGCCAGAAGACCCUUUAGUUGCGAAACAAGUAAAAAAUUUAGUGUCGCUGAUUUGAAUUACCCUUCAUUUGCUGUUGUAUUUCCAGAACAAAUGACUGCAAGCAGCGGAAGUGGUUCCAGUUCAAUCAAACACACACGAACGCUUACUAAUGUUGGACCAGCCGGAACAUACAAAGUUAAUGUUAUUUCACCAAGCAACUCAGUGAAAGUCGUGGUUGAGCCUGAAACAUUGGCUUUUACUCGGAUGAACGAGCAGAAAUCAUAUACCGUGACUUUCACUGCUCCUUCAAUGCCGUCAACUGAAAAUGUUUAUGCUCGAAUUGAGUGGUCAGAUGGAAAGCAUAUAGUGAGUAGUCCAGUGGCCAUAAGUUGGACAUGAAGAGGUUACUGAUAGCUCAAGUUUCGAAUGUAGCUAUGUUGUUUAGUUGUAUUAACUGUAGUUUUCUGCUAAAGUUGUAAUGAAAAAGUUGGAAGUUGUAUUUCAAAUGUUUGAUGGAAGACAUGGAAAACUGUAUGCAUUCAGGAAGAUGGACUUGCCUUUUCUUGCUUCAUUGUACAGUGAUUCUUCAAGAACUAGUUCUCUUUUCUUGCA